AUGGAAAGCACAGGGAAAGGAAAUAAAAAGGAUGUGCAAGAUGGACCACCAAAAGAAGUCAAGAUGCCUGUCAGUGAAGCACUCCUAGACUAUACCCAUGAAAUAAAGGAAAAUGCAGUGGAGCGAUUCAUGUUUCAGAUAAAGAAGCUCAGGGAUAAGAACCAAAAGUACCUUGAAAGGAAUGGACACUUAAAGAAGGAACAGAUUUGGCACAUAAAGAACCUCCUAAAGGAACUGAGUGAGGAAAAGUCAGAAGGCUUACCAGUUGUGACAAGAGAGAAUGUUGAAGAAGCAAUGAAGGAAAAAUGGAAGUUUGAAAGAGAUAAGGAAAAAAGCUUAAAGGAAAUGCGCAUACAAAUAAGUGAUGCGGAGAAGCUAUUUCUUGAGAAACUCAGUGAGAAGGAGUACUGGGAAGAAUACAAGAAUGUGGGGAGCCAGCAGCAUGCCAAACUCAUUGUUUCUUUGCAAAAUGACAUCGAUACAGUCAAAGAAAAUGCAGAGAAAAUGUCAGAACAGUAUAAAAUCACUCUGGAAGAUACCAGAAAGAGAGUAAUCAGAGAAACUCUGUUACAGCUGGACCAGAAGAAGGAAUGGGCCACACAGAAUGCUGUAAAAUUCAUCAAUAGGAGUAAUUAUCAAGAGAUCUGGGAGAAUGACUGGCUGAAAAAAGAAAUCGCAAUUCACAGGAAGGAAGUUGAAGAAUUAGAAAAUUCUGUUCAUCAACUGGAAGAAGAAAAUUUGGUGCUGAUUGGUCAGCUAUUCAACUGUAGAGUUGUGGAUUUCAAAAUACCCAGGAAACUGUUUCUUAAUCAAGCCACUGGGCAGGAAGUGCUGCCUGAAGAAAUGCCUGUGAAGUUGCCAGAGACUUAUAAAGAAGAGAAGUCAAAACUGUACCCUGUACUGGAAGCAGAGAGUGGAGAUGUGUUGAGCUUAUUAUUAGAGAGCAGCCGUGAAGAUAUCAUGCAAGAAGUCCUGCACUUAGAGACAGAAUGGGAGGACGGGUCACGCGAGGAGUCCAAGGGCUCUGUUAUGAAGUAUUUACUAUACAAGGAUGAGCAGGACUUCAAGGAUUAUGUAAACUUGGGCCCACUGUCAGUGAAGCUUAUGAGUGUUGAGGGCAAGAAAAUGCCCAUUCAUUUCCAAGAAAGGGAAAUUCCAGUCAAAUUCUAUGAUGAUGUCAGCUGCCCAGAAAGCCACAUUACACAUAAGAUGAUGAAGCCUUUUCUCUAA